AUGUACUGUGGCGAGGAGGGCUCGAAUUGUGUCCUGAAAGGAGCCAUUGCGUGCUCUAACCCCUUCAACCUCGAGGUCUCGAGCAAGAUUCUCCAGAACAGCUAUAUGGGCAAGGAGGUUUAUCUGCGAGUUAUGGGAUCGUCUUUGAAGGAACUUGCACGAAGACAUCGGGAUGCGCUGGAACAGCAUAGCAAGGUUGAUGUUGAGGCUGUCCUGGACAUCACAUACCUGAACGAGUUCGAUCGCUUGAUCCAGUGCCCUAUCUGGGGAUAUCCCACUGAGUAUGCAUACUACCGAGAUGCCUCAUCGACCGAUGCCAUUCUAUCCAUCAAGAUCCCUUUCCUGGCCAUCAACUCUGUCGACGAUCCUAUUGCCGUUAAGGAAGCCAUUCCAUUUGAAGAGUUCCAGCAGAACCCCAAUACUAUUCUCCUUACAACAACGCUCGGUGGACAUCUCUGCUGGUUUGAGAUGGGUGGCGGUCGAUGGUUCCCCAAGCCGGUCGCAAACUUCUUGAACCACUUGGCUUUCAAGUGUGAUCUUGACAGCCUGAAGCCCGAGGAGGCAUCUGAUGCUGAUUUGACACAGGGACAUGGCUAUAGCCCAAUGCGCCGCAAGAUGUUGAUUGUGGAAGAUUAG